UCAAAGUCAGUUGAUUUUGUAAACACGCCUGGCAGUGUUGUGUGUCUGUUGGCGCAGUGUUGUGGUAUGGUGUGGCGUUGUUACUGUGAGCGUGUUGGUUUUGUGUUACAGUUUCUGUGUUGGCUUUGCGUAAAGGUGUGUACACGUGUGUGUGUUGUGGUGUGCUAUUGGUGCUGCGUUACGGUGUGGGUGUUGGCGCUCUUGACAUUGUGCAACUGUGGUGUAGUUGGACACGUGAAAACUUAACCAUGGAGACGAGAUUAAUGGUGCUGUGGUUGAUGCUGUGUGUGGCGGUGGUUAUUGGUCAUAAACAGACAGAACAAGCUGCUGAACGGGAUGGAGGAACUGAAGCUGAGAAGACGAGAGAAAGCACUGCAGGUGUUUCUAAGACUGAUGACGUAAGCUUGGGCGAGGAAAAUAAUGAAAAAGAAGAUGAGGAAAUUAAGGAUUUAAGCAGCGAGGCAAGUGGCGUGAAUAAGGAAACAGAAGAUGAGGAAAAUGACGUGGAUAACAGCAGUGCAGUAGAAAUAGAGGAAAUUGGCGAAGCUGGUUUGGAGAUCAGGACACGGUUGGUGGUAGGCUUGGAGAACGGGUGGGCUAGGGGCCGUGUGGAGGAGGAACAGCUUCUUGCCUCCGCCCAUAACUUCAACUAUAACAUCGAGGUAAAUGAGGACAGUGAAGUUCCCAGCUGUGACGAAAACGGAGACAACUUCCUUAUGAUCUUCCUGCCCAGGGGUGAGGGCGUGGUACAGUCGACAGCGGCGGCUGUGGUGAAGAGGCUGCGGGAUGCCAGGGUCAACAUCAUCCUCCCACACCAUCACCUUCACGCUCUGGCAGGUUGGUCACAGCCACUGCAGAGGGCUGCGCGCCAUGCCGGUGUUACCUCCUUAGCUCAGCUGGCCCAAGAACUGCACCAGAAUGAUCACCUGCGUCGACAAUUUCGAGCUAUGCUGGACACGCACAGCCGGGUUUUCCACGUCUUGGAUGAUGUGUCCAACAUGGACCAUGAGGGACUCCACCUCAACGUGACAGAGGGACGGUACGAGCUGCGGGUGAAGGGACACACACCGCCUAUCAUCCUGGCCCUGCCCACCAGUUCUCACGCCCGGGCUCUCCUGCUGGCACUGUCUGAUUACCUGACGGGCGCCCACCACCCUGAUCACGGCUGUGUGUCCUGCAUCACUCCAGACAACGAGAUCCACAUGAAGAUGCCUGGACUGGUGGUGGUGGCGGUGGGUGUACGAGGACCCCAUCCCUUCCUCAACACCACUCUCCAGUCCUUACUACAGCACGGCCUCCACCCACAUCAUACCCAUUUCUACCUCUACAACCAGGUGGAACAGUACAGGGGUGAGGUGGAGGCGUUUGUCCAGCAUCUGCGUGAAGGAGACAGUCACGUGACGCUACUGGAGGCUGGAGAAGAGACCCAGGACGAGGGAGCCAUGAGGAAUAAGAUUCUGCAAGAGUGUAUACGGCUGGGGUGUCACUGGUUCAUCAAUAUUGACUCAUAUGCCUUCCUUAACAAUGAAAUCCCCGCCCUGCUGCUCCACCUAGGUCACCCCGUGCUGGCCCCUGUCCUUAGAGUACAACGAGGGAUUGAAUCAUCAUUUUGGAGAGACAUUGAUGGCAUCAAUUCCAGCCCCACCUACUCCUGGGACCACGCCGCCCUAAUGAACAACCAGCCCAGUGCUCGCGGAUACUGGCAUGCCUCAUGUAUCCGAGGCGUGUAUGUCAUCCAUCGCGACAUCUUGGAGCGUCUCAACAUGCCCUACACACACGCCCACAGUGUACCCAAGACACAUGCACACCCGGACACUGACCUAGCCUUCUGCAGCGCUCUUAGGGAGGCUGGCGUGCCCAUGGUAGCAACAACAGCUGUGCCCAACAUUGGUAUUCUGACCAACAACACCCACCAUCAGGUCAACACACAAAAUUUGCUCACCCUCGAGUCAAAUCCUGUUCUGUGGAACUACAUUUACCUCACUCCUACCUGGCGAGAGAUUAUUACUGGGGCAUUCUCCAAGGUUAUGAGGCCGUGUGACGAGGUGUACCAGUACCCCACAUUUACCCCGGUCUUCGCCGAGGACCUCCUCUCCAUGGCCUACCGCAUCGACCAGUGGUCUAAGGGCACCUCUCUGGACUCAAGGAAGGAUACGGGCCUGGAAGAGGUGCCAACAGUGUCCCAGUGGAUCUCACAGCUGAGACUGGACCGCCUGCUGGAGAACCUCUUCACUGAGGUGUUGAAGCACCAACAGCUCAUUUCCUUCCCUUUCAGUUUACCGGAUAAGGUAAUUUACUCACUGGUGGCCAGGUUCCGUCUGGGGGAGAUAGCUGGCCUCCCACAGCACCACGACUCAUCCUCCAUUACCUUCCACUUCUACCUCACCCCUUCACAUCACUACCAGGGUGGUGAGCUGGAGUUCCCAAUGCAGAAAUGUCGCUUGAAGCCAGAAGUAGGUGAUGUGCUGGUAUUCCCAGGUCGCCUCACCCACCCUAAGAUCCUGCACAAUGUCACCGACGGCAGCCUCCACAAAAUGAUCGUUCACAUAGAUACUGAGAUACCUAAUUACCAAGGGAAAUAAUUCACCUCUUGAUAAUACCCAGUCAUUGUUUAUAAAUUAACUAGAGUCUUGGCACUCUUGUGAUUAUUGAUUGCUGUAUUGUAAAAACAUGCUAAUACCUUCGUGUAUGUUUCUUAGUACAGUAUAGGUAAAUUCUCAAAAAAUCAAAAGGUGUUGAUAUCACAGUCUAGUGAUGAUUUCAAGAGUAACUUACACAUAGUUUGAUAACAGAAUUCCUGCCAUCAGAUAAAAUACAAUUUGGGUCUCCAACAUGAUGUACUGAACUAAUAUUAGACUGCAUGACAAUAUGAUCAGUUGAUAAUAUUACUUUAGUGUCCAUUGAUGUAUGGUAUUUGCACAAUUUCAGCCUUUUUCGAACUGUUAUCCACCGGGUAAAAACAAAACAUGGAGCGCACACACACACCGCUUAAACCAUCGUACACAGUCCUUCACAAUAAGAAGUGUCUAACAAGUAUCCCACUUUAUCCAGGACUUCUCAUGAACCCCAAGAGCCUUAAACUUAUUGGUUGACCUAAAGAGCCCUCUGCUUUCAAGAAAAAAAAUACCUAAUAAGGCUGUGUUAGAGCCACACAGGCUUGCUCUUUUUGUAUUGUGUGAAUUACCAACUUGAGUUGCUGGGAAAAAAAUCACUGACAAAAUGCACAAAUUCUCCAACCAACUUGAGACAUUGGAUAAUUUGGACCUUUUAGAGAAUUCAACAAAAGUUGACCCACAGAAUACUGGCAUUUCAGAAAUAUUUUUUUCUUUUCUACUUCACUAAUGAUUGGUUCCAUUAUUAUAAAGGUAAAUAUUAAUGUAUUGCAUCUUCAAAAAUAAAUAUUUCCUUCUAAAAUUACAUUUGUCUUAUACACCAACACAAAUGGUUUCGUGUACUGUGCACCCAUUACCAGAAAUAUGAAUGGAAGAGCCUGAGGUCCUCAGCCCACUCUCACAAAGCCUAUACCCUAUAUUGUACUUUGGUGGCCACAAGGUUAAUGUAGGGAUUACUGAAGGUACACUUUAUGGAGAGUUUGCCCUUAUUACAGGUACUGAAAUACUGUAGAUG